AGCCACCUUGCCUCUGCUCUGCCCUCUGCUACUCACAGCCUGGUUCCUGGGGUGUACCACCCCUGCCUUAUCUGGCCAUCUUUCCCCUUGAAAUUCAGCCUAUUGUUCCUCCUUCUUUCCAGGCCUCCCUCUUGGUGGUCUCCUUUCCUCUAGAUUUCCUCCCUCUACCUUUCUUCUUGAGGAAUUUCUCUUCUAUUCCUCAGACCCCCCACUCCCUUUUCUGACCUCCUUUUUUUGGAGGGUUCAGCUCAGCCCAGGCCAUAGGGGAGAUGUGGGAGGCUCAGUUCCUGGGUUUGCUGCUUCUGCAACUGCUGUGGGUGGCUCCAGCGGAGGCUCCAGACCCUGGGAAAGAGGUCCUGGUGGUGUGGGCUCAGGAGGGGACUCCUGCUCACCUUCCUUGCAGACUUAAAAUCCCCUUCCAAAAUCCUGGUCUUCUCCGGAGAGGAGUUGUCACCUGGCAGCAUCAACCAGACAGUGACCCGCCUGCUCCCACCCUAAGCCGUCCCUUGUCUAAAAGCUUCGCCCCCUUGGUGCCCUCGCCCCGGGGCAUAGGGCCCCAACGCUACACGUUGCUGAGUGUGGCUCCAGGAGGCCUGCGCAGCGGGAGGCUGCCCCUGCAGCCCCGCUUCCAGCUGGAGGAACGCGGCCUCCAGCGCGGGGACUUCUCACUGUGGCUGCGUCCUGUUCUGCUCUCCGACGCUGGCGAGUACCACGCUGCAGUGCGCCUCAAGGACCGCACCCUGGCCUGCCGGCUCCGUCUACGUGUGGGCCAGGCCUCUAUGACUGCUAGCCCCACAGGAUCUCUCAGGACCUCAGAUUGGGUCAUUUUGAACUGCUCUUUCAGUCGUCCUGACCGCCCAGCUUCUGUGCGCUGGUUCCGGGGCCAAAGCCAAGUCCCUGUCCAGAAGUCCCCCCAUCACUAUUUAGCUGAAAGCUUCCUCUUUCUGCCCCAAGUCAGCCCCUUGGACUCUGGGACCUGGGGAUGUAUCAUUACCUACAGUGAUGGCUUUAAUGUCUCCAUCAUGUACAACCUCACAGUUCUGGGCCUUGAGCCCCCAGUGCCCUUGACAGUGUAUGCUGGAGCAGGUUCAAGGGCUGAGCUUCCUUGCCAUCUGCCUCCUGGUGUGGGAACCCAGUCUUCCCUCAUUGCCAAGUGGUCCCCUCCUGGGGAAGGCCCUGACCUCCUGGUGGCUGGAGACAAUGGCAACUUCACUCUUCAUCUAGAGGCUGUGAGCCUGGCCCAGGCUGGGACCUACACCUGCCACAUCCAUCUACAGGGGCAGCAGCUCCGUGCUACCAUCACUUUGGCAGUCAUCACAGUGACUCCUAAACUCUUUGGGUUACCUGGCUCCCUGGGGAAACUGCUAUGUGAGGUGACUCCAGCAUCAGGACAUGAGCGCUUUGUAUGGAACCCCCUGGACAGGAGGUCCAGGAGUUCCCCAGGACCCUGGUUGGAGAUGCAAGAGGCCAAGCUCCUUUCCCAAUCCUGGCAAUGCCAACUUUACCAAGAAGAGAGGCUUCUCGGAGCAGUGGUGUACAUACCAGAGCUGUCUUCAACAGGUGCCCAACGCUCUGGGAGAGCCCCAGUUACCCUCAAGGCAGGCCAUCUCUCUCUCCUCAUCCUUGGUGCCCUCUCAUUGCUCCUUUUGGUGACUGGAGCCCUUGGCUUUCACUGCUGGAGAAGACAGUGGAGGCCCAGAAGAUUUUCUGCCUUAGAGCAUGGGAUUCACCCUCCUCAGUCUCAAAGCAAAAUAGAGGAGCCUGAGCAAGAACCAGAGAUGGAGCUGGAGCCAGAGACACAGCCGGAGCCGGAGCCGGAGCCAGAGCAGGAGCCAGAGCCUGAACUGGAGCUGGAGUCAGAGCUGGAGCCAAGACACCUCUGAC